GUCGACGGCUGUCAAGCGGUGAGGUUGAUCAUAAUUGUUCGUGUGGCUCAUAAACCAUCACAAGACUAGUCGAGCCGUCGAGGAGACGUCUUGCGCGACGAACAUUGUCGAAAGAAAUGUCCCGUGUGCAAUGAUCGCAUGGCGACACGUUGUACACGUAUAGAGUUGAGCUUGAGCGAGGUUAAGUGCAUCGCGCCUGAUAGCAGGGAGAAGCGAAUUCAGCGGGCGGUGUAAAACGUAUUAACGCCAUGCACUGGACUAGGGUAACGACUGCGACUGCAGGCACGGCCGCUCAUCGAAAUUUGAUGGGCGCAGCCGUAACACGUAACGUUCUUCGGCCCUUAUUAUUGCUGUUGACUCUGUCCAGCUUCGUAAGUCUGGUUGUCAGUGAAGAAAAUGGUCAUUGUAUAUGGUAUGGAGAGUGUUACACGGAUGCAUCUAUGCACAUAAAAAAUUGUAUUUAUGAUGGGCCAGCAAAACCAUUAAAUUCUGAAGGACAGAAAUUGUUGGCUAAGCAUUGUCCACAUUUGUUAGUGGAUGAUGGCAAAGGAAUUAAUACUUGUUGUGAUACUAAGCAACUUACUACAUUAGACUCAAAUAUCCAGCUUGCGUCAAAUUUCCUAAAACGAUGCCCUAGUUGCUUAGAUAAUUUAGCAAAGCAUUUUUGUGAUUUCACAUGCGGUGUUAACCAAAGCAAAUUUGUCAACGUUACGGAGAAAGGCGUGGCAGAUGGUGUAGAAUAUGUUAAUGGAAUAAAUAUAUAUAUAACGAACAAAUAUCUUGAUGGAACAUUUAACUCGUGCAAUAAGGUGUCAGUGCCAAGUACGGGGCAGUUAGCAUUGGAUAUAAUGUGUGGAGAAUGGGGAGCGAGUAGAUGUACUCCAUUGAAAUGGUUUCACUUUAUGGGUGAUGCGGAGAAUAAUGUUUUUGUACCUUUCCAAAUUACAUAUAUAAAUACUGAUAAUCCUGUCGGAUUAUUUACGCCAUUAGAUCCUAUAAUCACACCGUGCAACAAGGCAUUAAACAAAAACACGCCAGCUUGCAGCUGUGUCGAUUGUGAACAAAGUUGUCCAACACCACCACCGAUGCCUCCAUUACCAACGCCAUUUUCAAUAUUUGGUUAUGAUGGUUACGAAGUUAUAAUGACAAUUAUUUUUGUAUGUGGUUCCUGCCUUUUCCUUCUGUUAAUGAUGUGUUUCAGCCAUAGGAAACGUAUAGUUGCACGAGGAGAGGAGGUAGGAAGACAGGUGGGUAGACGGCUAGCUGCCGGAUUACACCACCCAGGAGAUGGUGCUCGUAUUGCCCUCGCCGCUGACCAAGAAGACAGUCCACUUCAGUCUAAGCGUUCUAGUGUUAUAUCCUCCGAUGAGUUACCAGCUGGCUUUGAUCAAGAACAAUCUACCUUCAUUGAAAAACUUGGAGCAGGUACUGACAAAUUUUUGCAAGAAUUUUUCUGCAAAUGGGGAACAGGUAAUAUAAUUUAAAUUUUAUGAUAUAAUUUAAUUGGCUUCCUAUUGAUUGUUGGCUUGGGACAUGGAAUAAAAUACAUGAAAGUUACUACAGAUCCUGUGGAAUUGUGGGCAUCUCCGCAUUCUCGAUCGCGCAUUGAAAGAGAAUAUUUUGAUAAACACUUUGAACCCUUUUAUCGAAAUGAACAAAUUAUUAUUACUUCUGUUGGCUUACCGAAUGUUGUACACAACACAUCCGACGGACCAAUCGUAUUUGGUCCCGUGUUUAAUGAUACUUUUCUAAAAACGGUCUUUGAAUUACAAGAAGGUAUUAAAAAUAUAAUUACUCCUAACAACUACACGUUAGCGGACAUAUGUUUCGCUCCUUUAACUGGGCCAUUUACCGGCCCAACAACCGUCUCGCAUUGUACUAUUCAAAGUAUUUGGGGUUACUGGCAAGACGAUUUAAAAACGUUUGAAAACUCAGAAGAAGAAGGAAAUUAUACAGUAAACUAUUUGGAUCAUUUUAGAGUUUGUUCACAAAAUGCAUAUAAUCCCGAAUGUCUCGCACUUUACGGCGGUCCAGUUGAGCCAGCAAUUGCAGUGGGUGGAUUUUUGUCUCCGGGACAAGAUCUUCAUAAUCCAUCAUAUGAAAAGGCAACCGCUAUAAUCCUUACUCUUCUUGUAAACAAUUAUCACAACAAAGCCAGAUUAUUACCCGCUAUGGAAUGGGAAGAAAGCUUUAUUAACUUCAUGAAAAAUUGGACAGCAACAAGAAAACCGGCAUUUAUGGACAUAGCAUUCACGUCCGAGCGUUCUAUCGAAGAUGAACUGAAUCGUGAAUCUCAAUCGGACAUUGUGACUAUUUUAGUAUCAUACAUUAUUAUGUUUGGAUAUAUUGCGGUGUCUCUUGGCCAAAUUAGAUCAUGCGCUCGUCUUUUGCACGAUUCUAAGAUUACUCUUGGACUUGGAGGUGUACUCAUAGUGUUGGCAUCUGUAAUUUGUUCAGUUGGAUUGUUCGGCUUUAUUGGUAUACCAGCUACACUGAUCAUCAUCGAGGUCAUUCCAUUCUUGGUAUUAGCAGUCGGAGUAGAUAAUAUCUUUAUUCUCGUUCAAACUCAUCAAAGGGAGGGUAGACGUCCAAAUGAAUCAAUCCCGGAACACAUUGGCCGUACGUUGGGUCAAGUUGGCCCUAGUAUGUUACUUACAAGUGUAUCGGAAAGCUGUUGCUUUUUCCUUGGUGGUCUUUCUGAUAUGCCUGCCGUGAAAGCGUUUGCUCUUUAUGCUGGAAUGGCAUUAUUAGUGGACUUCAUAUUACAAAUUACAUGUUUUGUCAGUCUUUUAGCACUUGAUACGAUUCGGCACGCAAAUAACAGAUUAGAUGUAUGUUGCUUUAUUCGCUCUAAGCGUGAUGAUGGAGAAGAAGUAGUAGAUGGAAUGUUGUAUAAAAUUUUCAAAGUCGCAUACGUCCCGCUGUUACUGCAAAAAUGGGUUCGCGCGAUCGUAAUGAUUGUGUUUUUCGGUUGGCUCUGUAGCAGUAUUGCCGUAAUACCACAUAUUGAAAUCGGCCUUGAUCAAGAACUUUCUAUGCCCGAAGAUAGUUUUGUCCUUAAAUAUUUCAAAUUUUUAAAUAAUUACUUAUCUAUUGGGCCGCCAAUGUAUUUCGUCGUCAAAGAUGGCCUAAAUUAUUCAAAUACGGAAAUGCAAAACUUAGUGUGUGGUGGACAAUAUUGUAAUAGUGAUUCAGUAUUGACACAAAUAUUUACAGCAUCUAAACAACCAAAUAGAACUUAUAUAGCCAAACCUGCUUCGUCUUGGAUGGAUGAUUAUAUCGAUUGGUCGGGAUUAUCCAGUUGUUGUAAAUAUUUUCCUACGAACAAUUCAUUCUGUCCACAUACUGGUCGACAAUGUUCUACUUGCAAUAUUACUUUGAAUGAAUACCACAGACCAGUGCCCGUUGACUUUAACAAAUAUGUAUCAUUCUUUCUGCAAGACAAUCCCGACGAAACAUGUGCUAAAGGAGGUCACGCAGCUUAUGGACACGGUGUGAAUUAUAUUACUGAUCCUAAAACGGGAAUGUCAACAGUCGGUGCUUCAUAUUUCAUGGCUUAUCAUACUAUCCUCAAGACUUCAGCCGAUUAUUUUGAAUCGAUGAGAGCAGCCAGAGUAGUAGCGGCGAACAUAACCAACAUGCUCAACUGUAACUUGAAAAGGCAUUAUGAAAACACUACUAUAGAAGUUUUUCCCUACAGUGUUUUCUAUGUAUUUUAUGAGCAGUAUCUAACUAUGUGGCCUGACACAUUGCAGAGUAUAGGAAUCUCAUUGCUAGCUAUAUUUGUGGUUACUUUCUUAUUAAUGGGUUUAGAUAUCUUCUCAUCACUCGUGGUUCUUAUUACAAUCACAAUGAUUGUCAUUAACAUUGGUGGUCUGAUGUAUUGGUGGCACAUAACUUUGAAUGCUGUAUCUCUAGUAAAUCUUGUUAUGGCAGUUGGUAUAGCUGUCGAGUUUUGCAGUCAUCUAGUACAUUCUUUUUCCGUGUCAGUUCAAGCAACUAGAGUUGAAAGAGUCGCAGAUGCAUUGACAAAUAUGGGGAGUUCAGUAUUCAGUGGUAUCACGCUAACAAAGUUUGGUGGCAUUAUAGUAUUGGGCUUUGCAAAGAGUCAAAUUUUUCAGGUGUUUUACUUCAGAAUGUAUUUGGGUAUUGUACUAUUUGGAGCAGCACAUGGUCUCAUCUUUUUGCCAGUACUGCUAAGUUAUAUAGGCGUGAUGUCGCGCCGAAGGCGUGGAAGAGCCCGCGAAUUCGCGAGCGGAAGCGAAACUAGGCGUCACAAACGUGACAAGCCGGAUUCUCCUCUACUCCAAAACGACAACCAACAACGCGCGUCCACUUCCUACGCCAGUGUGAACUCCAUUGAUGUGACUGAUCACCAUGUAACAUUCUAACGAAGAAUUGAUCAUUGCCGAUUUAAUCGAAUGCAAUUUUUGUACUUAGAAGGACUGAAAUUAAUCUACUAAAUAAGUUAUCAAUAGAGAGAAUCUGUUAUCUUGAGCCGAGAGAGAUUCACAAGUUUAUCUCUCCUCCGAAAUACAGAAAGUUUAAUACGAAUUAUUUCUAUAAAUUCUUCGAGACUGGUGAACAUGUCCAUCUAUGUUCAUAUCUGGCAUUAUAUUUUAGCGGUAAAUAAAUUUGUAUAAUUCUAGGUCUUCGUCAUUUUUAAUAUAUUUAUUUCAGGAAAGGUUUUCUUUUUUUUUUUUUUUAACUUAAUAUUAGAUUCUCUCACAGACUGUAUUCGAAAUUAAAUUAUGUUUUGCAAUCGCGAGCGCUUAAUCACGUACGAUCGAUUUUAUGUAGAAUAUAAUUGAUCUAGAACGAAGAAUUUUUGUUUUUCUUAUUACUCUUAAGCAAAUUUGUCGAUAAUAGUAUAAAAAACGUGACAGAUAUAUAAAAUGCAUUUUCCUAUUUUUAAUGCAUUUCGCAAUUGGACAUGAAUCCUUUUUCUGAUAUCGAUAUUCAGUUAUCACUUAUGUAGAUAUAAUAUAAAGAAUUCGUUCACACAAUACGAGUUUUUGACUACCGAUAAUUUGACUGAAUCGGUGCAAAUCAAUCUAAAUCUGAACGAUUUGUUUUACCGAAUCCUGUAUAUGGUUUAUAGCGACAAAACUGAGUGUUCGACUUGAUAAUUUUCUCGCAUACGAUAAUCGUAUCAUGUAAACGCUCCUAUAUAAAAAAUGUAUUGCCACUAUAGAGACAAAAAACUGAUCCGGCAGAACGACCAAUUCGGCAAACAACCGUAUCGUGUGAAUAAGUAAGCUCUAAAGGUAUUAACAGUUGAGAAAUAAAUCUAAAUCUAAGAAGUUGGUAUUUCUAAAAUAAUGGUUUAAUUUAGCUAUAAUAUCAAAAAUAAUACUGAAUUUCAGGAUUUCGUGUAGUUAGAAUUAUAAUAAACCCUUCGUUAGCACACAGUGAGUGAAUUCGCAUCAGCAUUUUUUAUAGCUAUAUAAUUAGUCCUAAAACGAAUUCUAUAGUUAAGAUUGAAACAAGAAUAAUUGGACACUAAAGAUGGCCCGAAGAGUUUAUUUGAUGACGCCAAAACGUUUGUCAAUUUCAUUAUUAUACAUUACUAAAUACACUCAACCCUCUUAUAACACAGUACUCUGAAAACACAGUUUCGAUACAUGGUGCAAAAAUUGCGAAUAUCCUAUAACAGAAUAUUCUUGUAACACGAUUUCCAUAUAGCUUAAUAAACUUGGAUAAUUCUUAUAUUUGGCACAACUGUUUUCAUCACACCGUUUUUAUUAACAUAAAGAAAAUUCCCCUUAUACGGCACUACAAGAAUACGGUUUCGAUAUAGCACGACACUCCGAGAACACGAUUUCAAUACAACACGGAACGAAAUAACCGUGUUAAUUACAUCGUUACAAUCUGUACUGAAGAUGUUCCCAGAAUACAAUUAUUUUGAUACAUAUGAGAUAGGACGAACGAAUCGAGUAGCGCGGGGAUCUUUACUGAAGUCGUUAGGCGGUUUAAACGAUCGACAGAAAUAACUCUUAAAUAAUAUUGUCUCGAGAAACGUCGAUAACCGGAUUUUUGUUAAGAGUGAGGACUCCGCGCAACGGAUUCCGAGAAACGAGAUUAAUGGAAGACAGAGUUGGCAAAAGAUGAGAAAAAAAAAUGAUAAAUUACAGAUGCGAAUUCGCACCUGUGUGCUACGAAAAGUCGUGAAAGAUGUGUGCAAACGAAGAAUUAAAUCACUCAACUAAAUAUUUAUAAUUAAGUAAAUUAUUCUUAUGCCGUCCACAUCUAAAAUAAAAUAUAAAAGUUAAGUGAAAUUAAAUAAACACAUAAAUCGAUAUUGAUAUUCUCAAAAACGAAUGAUAUUCAAAUGAUAUCUAUAUCAGGAAUCAAGUUUUCAAGUUUU